UACAUCACCAAUUCCUUUUUACAUUCUUUCCUUUCUUCUUCCAUCAUUCUCUUCAAUUAAACCCUUUCAAAUGCCUCAUUGAUAUGCAGCUGAACCACAGCUUCAAGCUGCUUCAAAAUAAGACCAAAAAUGGCUCGGACCAUAGUCUCAGUUUUCAAUAACUUAUUUUCCAUCCUCAUCCUUUUUCUUCAUCUUGGUUGUUUUUCUUUUGCACCCAAUAAGCCACCGUCGGCCAAGAAACGUAAAGUCUCUCCUUUAUCUCCGUCUUCUCCGACGACUCGUCUGAAAAUACCCCACAAACCUAUCUCUUCUUCUUGGUCAUAUCUCAGACGAAUCUUCUCUUCAACCACCUAUAGAACUGGCUCACAGGCUCAAUCUCCAGCUCCGACUCUCGCAUCAGCAAGAUCAUCCCAACAUUCUAUCGUCACUACGGCUGUUCCUCCUCAAGAAGAAGAUCGAUUUUCCGACAUCAAUAUAAUUAUUCCUCAACGGAAAAAGCCAGCCGGAUCAUCCGAUAUCUCGACGAGUAAUAAUCAAUUCUUUCCUUUAAGAAACGAUAUCUUCCCCUGCACGGCAUGCGGUGAAAUCUUUCAAAAACCUCAGCUUCUCGAGCAGCAUCAAGCGGUCAAGCAUGGCGUAUCAGAGCUUCUAGACGGAGAUACAGGGAGGAAUAUAGUUCAUAUUAUAUUCAAAACAGGGUGGUCUUGUAAAGAAAAGAAUCCUGAAAUCCACAGGAUUUUAAAGAUCCAUAACAGUCAAAAAAUACUAUCAAGAUUUGAAGAAUACAGAGAGCUCGUCAAAGCAAAAGCUGCAAGAAACAGUAUAACCGCCGCCAAAAGAAGAGACGAGCGGUGCAUUGCCGACGGUAAUGAGCUGCUGAGAUUUUACUGUUCGACGUUCAUGUGCGAUUUGGGUAUAAACGGAAAUUCAAGCAUUUGUAACCAGCAAUAUUGCAGUGUCUGUGGGAUUAUAAAGUCAGGAUUCUCACCAAAAUUGGACGGAAUUUCUACACUGUCCAGCAGCUGGAGAGCACACGUGGCAAUACCUGAAGACAUUGAAGAUGAGUUCAGGUUCAUGAACGUGAAACGGGCUAUGUUAGUCUGCCGAGUCGUGGCGGGUCGGGUCGGGUGUGAAAUGGAAGUUGAGGAAGAAGAAGUGAAUAAGGUUGAUGGAGGGUUCGAUUCUGUAGUAGGGAGAGGAGGCAGUGGGGUCCACUGUAGAUUGGACGAAGAAGAGUUGGUUGUGUUUAAUCCAAGGGCUGUGCUUCCUUGUUUUGUGAUUGUGUAUAGUGUUUAGUGUGCGAGUGUGAUCAUCAUAAUUAAUUAGUAUGAUCAUGUCAUGUAAUGUGAUAUAAACUUUUUAUUUAUUUAUAAAUUAAUUAAGGCCAUGUUAGUUUA